AUGGUAUUCCGUUUUAUAAUUAGGAUAUUGGCGAACAAUGAGCAGCUGGUGCAACGUUUAAGUGAGUCCUAUCCUAUGAGAAAGGCUGCUCAGCUGGUGGUGAGAGCGUUUUUCUCUGGGAAGAAUUUUAUAGAGGAGAAGCGCUUGCAUGAAAAACUGACGCCGGAGCAGUUCAGGGAUUUGAUGAACAAAGUUGCCAACAAUUGGCAGGAACAAAUUCAACAGGCCAAAGAAGGAAUCAAAAGGAAAAUGAAGUAG